AUGGUUCCUUCGAUUCUAGAUAGAUUCACCAUUUACGGCCCAAAUGGCAAUCAUGCUUGCUACGUUACAGCGCCAGCGAGUGCUAGCCUCUCCGGAGUGAAAGAUGGUUCAUGGAUCCGCUUAUUCCAGCUUGACGUGGCCCGGUCAUUAGCUGCGCAACUCGUUCUUGUUGUGGAUUAUGUGCAUGCCCAAGGAAUUGUCCAUGGAGAUAUUCACCUCGGCAACAUUCUUCUCAAAGUUCCGCCCAAUUUUGACCAGCUCUCACUCAAACAAUUAUAUGAGAAAUACGGAGCACCGGAACUAGACCCAAUUGUUUGUCUAGAUGGCAAUCCGCUUCCGCCUGGUGUCCCAUCCCAUGGCAUUGUGCCCAUAUGGUUGGGGAAAGCGAGUGAGGAAAUAACGCUUUCAGAAACCAGGAUCGUGCUUACAGACUUUGGUGAAGCCUUUCCCCACUCAAAAGAACGGAAAUACGAAUCUCGCACCCCCCUUGUCGUCCGUCCUCCCGAGGCGCGGUUUGAACCAAACGACCCUCUGUCUUUUUCAUCGGACAUUUGGACUCUCGCCUGUACCAUAUGGUUUAUCAUUGCCCAACGACCAUUGUUUGAAGGAUUUCUCGCGACGGAAGACGACAUGACCUGUGAGCAUGUCGAUACAUCAGCGAGUUUAAAUAUGCCCAACUGA